CUUUUAUUUAGUAAAUAGAUAUUACGUUUACUUGAGAAUAUGACCCAUCUUCGAGAGACUAUAAGUGUGUAUGUGCUCUUUCUAGUAGUUGUCAGCGUCACAGCAAAACCCGCCUUAUACUCAACUGCAGACUGUCUACACGAAAUAUCUUGGGCGGAUCCAACCGACUGCGCAAGAUUUUAUGUGUGCGCGCCAUGGGGACCUCAAAUAAUGGACUGCGCUCCAGGAACCCAUUACAAUCCGAAAAUACUAAAUUGUGACUGGCCUAACGUAGUUGGUUGUGUAGUCACAACUACUUCUACAGAAGGACCUCCUACAAUUCCAAGUACUAUACCAACACAACCACCAACAAAAGCACCAUCCACUGAAACACCCGAGGAACCAACUGAAGCCCCCGAACCUGAACCCACAGGAGCUCCUGAACCUGAACCAACUGAAGCUCCUGAACCGGAAACAACUGAAGUACCAGAACCAGAUCCGACAGAAGCCCCCGAACCCGAACCAACAAAAGUCCCGGAACCUGAACCAACAACAUCAGAACAAACUGAAGCACCGGAACCAGAACCUACGGAAGUUCCAGAACCUGAACCAACCGAAGCACCAGAACUAGAACCAACUGAAGCACCGGACCCGGAACCAACUGCAGCUCCGGAACCUGAACCAACUGAAACUCCAGAACCUGAACCAACUGAAGCACCAGAACCAGAACCAACUGAAACACCGGAACCAGAACCAUCAGGAGCACCAGAACCGGAACCCACUCCGGAACCUGAACCAACUAAAGCUCCAGAACCUGGACCGACAGAGAGCCCAAAACCAGAACCAACUAAUGCACCGGAACCAGAACCUACGGAAGCUCCAGAACCUGAACCAACAGAAACACCAGAACCAGAACCAACUAAAGCACCGGAACCAGAACCAACAGAAGCACCAGAACCGGAACCAACUGCAGCUCCGGAACCUGAACCAACUAAAGCUCCAGAACUUGAACCGACAGAAGGCCCAGAACCAGAACCAAGUGAAGCACCUGAACCAGAACCUACGGAAGCUCCAGAAGCUGAACCAACAGAAGCACCAGAACCAGAAACUACAGAAGCACCAGAACCAGAACCAACUGCAGCGCCGGAACCUGAACCAACUGAAGCUCCAGAACCUAAACCAACAGAAGCACCAGAACCAACUGAUGCACCGGAACCAGAACCAACAGAAGCACCAGAACCGGAACCAACUGCAGCUCCGGAACCUGAACCAACUAAAGCUCCAGAACCUGAACCGACAAAAGACCCAAAACCAGAACCAACUAAAGCCCCGGAACCAGAACCAACUGCAGCUCCGGAACCUGAACCAACUAAAGCUCCAGAACCUGAACCGACAGAAGGUCCAGAACAAGAACCAACUGAAGCACCGGAACCAGAACCUACGGAAGCUCCAGAACCUGAACCAACAGAAGCACCAGAACCAGAACCAACAGAAGCACCAGAACCAGAACCAACUCAAGCACCGGAACCAACAGAGGCACCAGAACCUGAACCAACUGAAACUCCAGAACCGGAACCAACAGAAGCCCCAGAACCAGAACCAACAGAAGCGCCAGAACCAACUCAAGCCCCGGAACCAAAACCUACAGAAGCACCAGAACCGGAACCAACUGCAGCUCCAGAACCUGAACCAACAGAAGCACCGGAACCAGAACCAACAAAAGCACCAGAACCAACAGAAGCACCGCAACCAGAACCUACGGCAGCUCCCGAACCUGAACCAACAGAAGCACCAGAACCGGAAACAGAACCUACGGCAGCUCCCGAACCUAAACCAACAGAAGCACCAGAACCAACUGAAGGACCGGAACCAGAACCUACGGAAGCCCCAGAGCCUGAACCAACUUUAGCACCAGAACCAGAACCUACGGAAGCUCCAAAACCAGAACCAACUGAGGGACCGGAACCCGAACCAACUGCAGCACCGGAACCUGAACCAACAGAAGCACCAGAACCAGAACCAACAAAAGCACCUGAACCAGCAACAACUAAAGCACCGAAACCAGAACCCACAAAAAUUCCAGAGCCUGAACCAACUGAGGCACAUAAACCUGAAACAACUGCUGUACCGGAGCCUGAACCAACAGAAGCACCGGAACCCGAACCAACAGAAGCUCCAAAACCAGAGUCAACUGCAGCACCAGAACCUGAGCCGACUGCAGCACCUGAACCAAAACCUACGGAAGCUCCUGAACCAACAGAAGCCCCAGAACCCGAACCAACUAAAGCUCCUGAACCCGAACCUACUGAAGCUCCUGAACCUAAACCAACAGAGGCACCGGAAUCUGAACCAACUGAAGUACCGGAACCAGAACCAACACAAACUCCUGAACCUGAACCAACUGAAGCACCAGUGCCUGAAACGACUGCUGCACCUAAACCUGAAUCAACAGAGGCACCACAACCAACAGCAGCUCCGGAGCCAGAACCUACAGAAACUCCAAAACCUGAACCAACAGAAGCACCAGAACCGGAACCAACAACAAUUCCCACACCUGAACCAACAAAUCCACCAGCAGAAUCCACUACUGUACCGAUCACAACUACAACAGAUGGUAGAACUCCAUCAGAUAUAUGCGCAGAGCAUCCUAAUCUAUUUUUUGUCACUUCUUAUCCAAACGACUGCACAAAGUUUAUUACUUGUAACUUCGGGGAACCCUUCAUUAUGAAUUGUCCAAAAAAUAACUACUUUAGUCCAAUAUUAAGCACAUGCACAACAGAUCCAUCCCAUUGUCCUUAAUUUUGUUUAAG